AACGUUGCUUACUUGCAAAUUGUACGGACAAUUUAAAUCAGCUGAUAUUUGACUGCAAAAAAGGUGCUAUAAAAAAGCACAACUAGAGCUCUUCGCCGUGCCUCGGCAACUUACGACUAAGCUCGGCAAGGGGUUAAAACAUAUGAACUGGAUGGAACAGUUGUAUCGUUCAGCUCUUUUAUACGGCAUAUUCGCUUCUUGUUCUUUCUUUUUCGAAGGUGCUUGAGAGAGUUAACGUUGGUUUAUGUCAGUUCGACGCGUGGCAAAUUUAACAGCUAGAAAUUUGGCCAUGGAUACUGCCGAAAAUAAUCAACAACAAGAAUUAUAUACUGCUCCAGAAAAUGUGAAUAUUGUACAACAAGAAGGUCGACCACUGACUGAAGCUAAUGGUACUCGUGAAAUGCAAGAAAAUGAAGUGGUGCCUGUUUCUCCUUUAUCCACCAGUGAGACUUGUGCUCGUACUCGCGAGCGUGAAAUGAAAUGGAUAGGAAAAUUGAAAUGGUAUAAAAUGUCAAAACGUAGCGGGCAAAAAAUAACACGCACAGCACUGUGUGCAAUUAGCUUAGGACCUGGUAAUCCCGUAGUGAAAUGCAAUAGAUGGGCCAAAAACAUAACUUUGCAAUUAAUUCCUAAAGAUGUGGUGGGAAAUAUAAGCCGGUUGACUGAAGAUUGUGAAGAGAUUACAUUCAACGUAGCUCUAUGUAAUGCAUUUCAUUCGCUUGCAAAAAGAAUAAAAGAAUUUGUCGGCUGUGUAUACUUUAAACGUAGUACCACUAGGACCGCUGGCGAUAUAAUGGUGGCAUUAAUUCUGUGCGCACGAGUGAAGGAUGGAUUUUUAGGUUUUAUACCCAAAAAUGAUUCGAUGAUUGUGGAGCGACUACGCAAAUACAUUCAACUGGUACAAAUGGCUGAGAACACCAAUGCAGUUGGAAACAGCAACAUAAUGCAUUCCACUUAAAUUGUUAAAAAUUUUAAAUACGAAUACGUAAAAUAAAUAAAGAAUGCUAAAAUCAGUUUAGCUGACUAUCAGUUUGAUAGUUUAUUUAAAAAAGAA